GGGGCAGACGAUGCCAAAUUCGAAUGGCAAUUUCCUCAUGGAGUGCAAGCUGUGUGGUUAGGGUUUUCAGGGGAGCGAGACGAAAGCCGCACAACACUUCACGAUCAAGAACAAUUGCGCCAAAAUCUUCGUGGAGCAGAUGGCGGAGAUAUGGAACAAGACAAAGUACUGGUUCGAUCCAAGCCAUGCACGGAAGAUCGUGGACUUUCUGAAGUCUCGUGGGUUGCGAGACAACAGAUGUGGAUCGGGGAGGGAGCCGACGGGGAAUGAGGAGUUUGAGGACAGCGAGGAGGAGAGGAGGGCGGUCGAGGGUGGAGAUGAUGAUGGUGAGAGUGAUGCAGAGGACAUGGAGGUGCGGCGAGAGGUGGAGCGCGGCAGGGGAGAGUUGAGGAAGGAGAAGGCCGUUGAUGAGGACAGCACCCCUGACGAGGACGCCGACGCCGACGAUGACGAUGAGGGAGCAGACCUUGGGGCCUCUCUGGAUGGGGGUUUGAUGGGCGAUGGCCGUCGUGGCCAAGAGGGGGCAGCUAGGGCGAUGAAGGAGGCUGAGGGAUCGAAGAAGAGAAAGAGGAAGGCGAAGAUGAUUACCACUGAGGCGAGAUCAACACCUUCUCAGCCCAAAAAGAGCAGAGUUCUUCGACAGACGUCCAUGCUGGAGACCUUCGAUCCAGUCGGCAUCCCAUUUGAGGCGGCGAGGAGGCCAGAGUAUCAUAGGAUGAGGAAGAAGUUGCUCGAGUGUCCGCCGUAUGCACAUCCGGCAUUACCCAUGCACCGUGUGAUUUUGUGCGAAGGCAUCCCUCAGCAGCAGCGAGUUGUGGCGAACAAGGUGGCGGCCAUCCGCAGGGACAUUGAGGCGACGGGAGCGACCAUCCUCACGGAUGGUCGGAAGUCCAUCACGAGCGACCAGAUAGUCAACUUCCUUGCUGCUGGUCCCACGGGCGCGUACCUUUUCAGGACUGUGCAGCGGGAUGGUGCUGUUCAGGAGACAGCAGAGGCCGUAGUCGAGCGAUGGAAGGACGUGUUCGACAAGUUUGGUGUUGACAAGGUGAAUGCCAUUUGUAUUGAUUCCGCGUUUGCGUAUGUUGCUGCGUCCAAGCUCCUCGCCCUGGAGGAGGUCAAGUACAGCCGCAUCACUUGGCUUCCGUGUGCGGUCCAUGUCUGCAACUUCUUGUUGUCAGACAUCGCGAAGGAUGGGCGCGACGGGAGCCUCGGGAAGAGGGAGGACACCAUCAUCAGGGAUCGAGCUGUCGUGUGUUUCAUCAAAGAGCACGGGGCGGCUCUGAGCCUUUAUCGACGGUUCUCUGCCGCCCACCAGUCUUCCGCCUCCGCGGCGGCUGGUGGUUCGAGCUCUGCGCCACCCUCGUCUCAGCGGCGAGGCAGGGAGCUUGUGUACCCUGUGCAGACGAGGUUUGCCACCCACUACUUGAUGCUGGAGAGGCUGCUGGAUCGUCGCAGAGCGUUGGAGGCGUUGAUGAUGAGCGACGAUUGGCUGCGGACUGCAUGGAGGAGGGGAGGCAGCGGGCAGGGUGUUGGGGGUGCAGGGCGGACARGUGGUGCAGGGCGUGCUGGCACAGGAAAAGUUAGGCGAGAGUCUGCAUUGUCCACUCGCACUGUGCAUCGGGUUGAUGAGGAGAGGCCCGCUGAGGCAGCUGUGGUCGCUCCCUCCCCUAUGGAGGUUGCUCCCUCCCCUGCAGAGUUCGCUGCGGCGUCUGCAGAGGGCGCAGUGGCGUCUGCGGAGGGUCCAGGCGGGUUUGCGGGUGGUAGUGGCGAUGCUGGAGAGGUUGGGAGGCCAUCUACACAGGGGCAGGCGACAGAGUCAGAGAAGGACAGGAUCAACCGCGAGGAGAGGAGGAGGGCGCAGGGGUUGGCUAGCCGCUGCGAGAUGACGCAGAGUGUUGCAUUGAGGGCACGUGUAGCGCGGAUGCUCGAGACGGGCGUUGAGGCAGGUGAUGCAGAGGGCGAGUGAGGCGCUGCGGGCAUAGGGGAUGCGGGCGAGAGACCUGCGUCRCCWGUUC